AUGGCCUGCCUUCGAGGGACCUCGCGCAUCCGCAAGCACCUCGUUCCGCUCCUGCUGCUGAAACAACAGAAGUGCUGCUGUUCUGCUGCUGCUGCUGCUGCUGCUGCUGCUGCUGCUGCUGCUGCUGCUGCUGCUGCUGCUGCUGCUGCUGCUGCUGCUGCUGCUGCUGCUGCUGCUGCUGCUGCUGCUGCUGCUGCUGCUGCUGCUGCUUCUGCUGCUGAGGCGCCGCCCGCGGCGGUUCUCGUAGUCCUGCUACUUGCCGCGGCUGGCGGGGUGCGCGGCGGAUCCGGGGGGAAUGCGGCGGCGGGCUCCCGCAAGCUGGUCGCGGGCGGAAGCGGGAACAAUGCCGCGCUGGCGGAGCUCGUGAAGGAUACCCCCCAUGCUUCCGCGGAGGGGGAAGCCGCGCUUGUAGUGAAGGAUUCCGCGCCUUCUUCCGCCAGUGGCGAUGCGGCGGAGGAGGCGCAGAUUCCGGCGCUGCAGCUGAUUAUUGCGGAGGAAGGGCGCGCGGAGGGCGCCGUGUGCUUGGACGGAUCGGCCCCUGGGUUCUACUAUCGGAAGGGAUACGGCUCAGGACGCAAUAACUGGGUUCUGUAUUUCGAGGUGUGA